GAUCCCGGCAGUCCCAGUCUGUUCUGCAGAUACCGGGAAGCAGUUUUGCCAUACUACAGGUUCCAGGAGGAGAUCCUGUCUGUGUCGCCGUUUGCUUCUGUCUUCUACCACGUCAUCUCUGACCAAGAGGGAGACAGCAUGAAGGACUUCGUGAGAAACAAGCUCGUCAGAGGAAAAGUUGGGGUCGACAACUCUGUUGUGUCCGACAUCAGAACCAGUGACUUAGCCUGGAUUUAUGACGCAGAUUCGCCUGUUGCCACAGCGGUGGCCAAAAGGAUAGAGUGUGUCACAGGUCUGGACACGUCACAAAGGUAUCCUGAUGGACCCACUUCCGGCGAAGCUUUCCAGGUGGUCAACUAUGGACUGGGAGGACACUAUGAAGUUCAUAUGGAUCCAUUUGAUAAAGAAGAUUUGAUUACCUGUACCUUGUCUAGAAAAAAGGCUCUCAGGUGA